GUUUCCUAAAUCCCUAAACACUAGAAGACGAGUCUCCCGAAGCAUUCAGUGAAUCUGAGAAGAAAGCGAGGCCUCCGCUCCGGUGCUAAUUUCUUCGGCGCCGGCGAAUCGACGAUCUGUGUGUGUGUGUGUGAGAGAGUGAAACAAAACAAUGAACGAGAGAGGAGUAAGGUUAAGAGGUGGUCGUAUGAUUGGGGAAGAUAGGAUAAGUUUCUUUCCUGAUCAUCUGCUGUGUGAGAUACUCUCACAUCUUCCUACAAAGGUUGCUGUUAGGACUUGUGUUUUGUCCAAGCGAUGGAAAAGUCUCUGGCUUUCUGUUCCUCUGUUGGAUUUGGGCGUUGAAGAGUUCCGAGCUGGUUACUCUGAAUUUGCGAGAGUUCUCCAUAGCUUUCUUGACAUCUCUAGGGAGACACGCAUACACAAGCUCAUUCUUUAUCUUACGAGAAAUCAACGUGAUCAGUCUUACUUGACGCAGUGGAUCCACAACGCUGUUAUGCUUAAGGUUCAACAUUUGGAUAUUAAUAUAUGUAGUGCAAGUUAUGUAGGUACGAAGCUGAUGCCCCUUUGCCUCUACACCUGUGAGACUCUGCUAUCCUUGAAACUCUAUCAUGUGGCAUUGCCUGAUUUCGAGAAUGUUUCUCUACCUCGUCUCAAAAUCAUGCAUUUAAAUGACAACAUUUACACUAGUGAUGCUCUUCUGGAGAAUCUUAUCUCAUCUUGCCCAGUUCUUGAAGAUUUAAAAGUUUUUAGAUAUGUAGGGAUAGAGAACGUCGUUAAGGUUUUACGAGUACGUUGUCAGUCAUUAAAGAGUCUCCAAAUUUUUCUCCAUAGUGUCUGGUAUCAGGCUAGCGAGGAUGAUGAUUGCAAGGUUGUGAUUGAUGCUCCUGGACUCAGCUGUUUGAAUCUUGAAGAUCACUGCUCGAAAAGCUUCGUUAUAAGCAGUUUGACUUCACCUGUCAAGGUAGAUAUUGAUGUCAGUUUUGAUGUGGUGAGAAGUGUAUUUAGAAAUGUCUCCUCAAAGAGAAGUGUAGUGAGGAACUUCCUCACUAGGCUCUCAGGCAUUAGGGACAUGACUAUGAGUGGAACAACUUUGAAGAUCCUAUCUUACUACGUAGUAGACGAGCCGCUUCCCCAGUUUCCUAACAUGACCCACUUCUAUGCGGUCUUUUACAACUCUGAUUUGCAAAAGCUUCCAAACUUUCUUGAGAGCUUCCCGAAUCUCAAAUCCCUUGUCUUGGAGCUGGAGGAAUUUGAGAAGAACGAACUACUUAUUCUCUCAUCAUCAAUUCCAAAAUGUUUAAUAUCAUCCCUGGAGCAUGUUGAGAUUCAAACAGCUAUUAGCGGAGCUGAACCGGAAAUGAAACUAGUAAAGUACUUCCUCGAGAAUUCUGCUGUUCUUAAGAAGUUUACGCUGCGAUUGGGUUGUAAGACAAUGGACGAAGAGUCUAUCAUCUUCAUGGAACUUCUGAGAUUUAUGAGAUGCUCUGCUUCUUGUGUAGUUGAUGUUGAACUUGAAGAUUUGUAUCUUAUCUUUCCAUCCAAAGCCAUGCAUUUCCUAAGAAGAGAGAAUCUGUAGACUCAUUGUGGAAAAUUUGUGAAGGCGGC